AUGAAUUCAAAUUUAGUCGGUGAAUAUCGUGAGGGAGAAAUAGAUGGGAAACCAUUUCUCAUAUACACUCUGUUAUCUCAAACAGAUUGUUUAAUUAAUUCCUCUUCUUCCGGUGAAGCAGCCAUUGAUUCUGGUGGCGACGACCCUCUUUUCAUAUGUCCUUCUAUACGUGUGAAGAAGGGGGGUUAUGGUAGCUUUUUCCCGCUUGUUAUUCCUCCUCAGUUCCCUCGCAUACAAAGCGAUGAUCAUGAUGAACAACCCCCCGAGUAUAUGCUUCAUUCCGACAGCUUCCACCGGGAGUGUAUCUAUUUCCCGUAUGUCAUAAGAAUAUCUCGUCACCACCAUCGUAUCUCUUUUACCUACUCCUUUCCAUCCGGAAAAUGGUCUUGCGGAGUCUGUCGUCAAAAUGUUGACACUGACUUUGGUGCCUUCACUUGCAACAAGUGUGAUAAUCACUAUUUUGUUCACUCACGAUGCGCAUUGCGGAGAGACUUGUGGGACGGGAAAGAACUCGAGGGAAUACCUGAAGAACCUGAGAUAGUUGUUGAGCCCUUCAAGACGAUCUCUGAUGGAGUAAUACUCCAUUUUUCUCAUGGCCAUAAUCUGAAAAUCGAGAUGAGUAAAGAUUAUGAUGAAAACAAGCUUUGUCAAGCCUGCGUCCUUCCAGUUUACGAGGGCAGUUACUAUUCAUGUAUGGAUGAGUGUGACUUCAUCCUCCACGAAGCAUGUGCAAAUGCUCCCUGUAAGAAGUACCAUGCGUUGCAUCCUUCUCCACUUACACUAGUAGUUGUCACCGAUGGAUAUGGUGACAACAAAGGUCGUUUCAAUUGUGUUGGUUGUGAGCGUGAAAGUUGUGGUUUCGUUUAUGAGAAUCUUGGAAGAGGUCAGAGAUUCAAACUAUGCCUACGUGUGCUACCAUACCAUACAAGGCAAGGUAUAAACAUGACAAUCAUUUCCUCACAUUUUACGAAGUGA